AAAUGUGGCUAUGGAGUUGGUUAAUUUAGCAGUCAUGUAUCUAAUGUUCUUCUCAGUCAGGGCGACGUUUCAAAACAUAACAACAGGAUGCUAUGAUGGGUACUACAGAAAUGAGACAAGUGGUACAUGCAUCGAAUGCCCCCAAGGAUACAAAGGCCCAGAUUGUUCCGUAUCCUGUGUAGAUGGAUUUUACGGAAAGAAUUGUCAACAUAAGUGUCCUUCUACCUGCUUAAAUUGUAACGUUAUCGAUGGAAGUUGUCGCAAAGAUUGCCCCCCAGGAUACACACGACCAAAUUGUUCUGUACCCUGUGUAAAUGGAUUAUACGGAAAGAAUUGUCAACAUAAAUGUUCUUCCACCUGCUCAAACUGUAACAGUAUCGAUGGAAAAUGUCCCAAAGGUUUGUCAGUUAUAGGAAUUAUAUCAAAUGUUGCGAGACAAAACCAAAAGCAUACUCGACGACGAAGACAGCAUAUGUUAAUGCAUAUACAGUUUGGUUGA